CUGCCCCCCGGACUGCGGCGCCGCUGGCGGAGGCUGUGCAUCCGGGCUGCGCAGGCGCAGGUGGCGUUGGGGCGACCGAGCCGGCGGCGCCCGCGGGCUGGCCCCCCACCCCCAUGCCCUCCACCUGCAGGUCCCCGGCCCGGGACACAAUGGCCUGGUGGCCUCUGCUCUGGGGCCUGAGCCUCCUCCUCGGCCUCCCGGGCCCCGUGUGGCUGCAGCCCUCCCCGCUGCCCCAGUCCUCGCCCCCCACCCAGCCCCACCCGUGUCACACGUGCCGAGGACUGGUGGACAGCUUCAACAAGGGCCUGGAGAGGACCAUCCGGGACAACUUUGGAGGUGGGAACACGGCCUGGGAGGAGGAGAAGUUAUCCAAGUACAAGGACAGCGAGACCCGCCUGGUGGAGGUGCUGGAGACUGUGUGCAGCAAGUCGGACUUCGAGUGCCACCGCCUACUGGAGCUGAGUGAGGAGCUGGUGGAGAGCUGGUGGUUCCACAAGCAGCAGGAAGCCCCAGACCUCUUCCAGUGGCUCUGCUCGGAUUCCCUGAAGCUCUGCUGCCCCCCGGGCACCUUUGGGCCCUCAUGCCUGCCUUGCCCCGGGGGUGCGGAGAAGCCGUGUGGUGGCUAUGGGCAGUGCCAAGGGGACGGGACCCGCGGGGGCAGUGGGCACUGUGACUGCCAGGCCGGCUACGGGGGUGAGACGUGUGGCCAGUGUGGCAUGGGCUACUUCGAGGCCCAGCGCAACUCCAGCCACCUGGUAUGUUCGGCUUGCUUUGGCCCCUGUGCCCGUUGCUCAGGACCCGAGGAGUCACACUGCCUGCAGUGUAGAAAGGGUUGGGCCCUGCACCACCUCAAGUGUGUGGACAUUGACGAGUGCGGCACAGAGCAGGCCAGCUGCGGGGCCGACCAGUUCUGCGUGAACACGGAGGGCUCCUACGAGUGCCGCGACUGCGCCAAGGCCUGCCUGGGUUGCAUGGGCUCCGGGCCUGGCCGCUGUAAGAGGUGCAGCCCUGGCUACCAGCAAGUGGGCUCCAAGUGUCUCGAUGUGGACGAGUGUGCCACGGAGGUGUGUCCAGGGGAGAACGAGCAGUGUGAGAACACCGAAGGCAGCUAUCUUUGCAUCUGUGCUGACGGCCACCAGCGGGUAGAGGGCGUCUGUGUGCAGGAGCAGACCCCAGAGUCCGCGGGCUUCUUCUCAGAGAUGACAGAUGAUGAGCUGGUGGUGCUCCAGCAGAUGUUCUUCGGGGUCAUCAUCUGUGCCCUGGCCACACUGGCUGCCAAGGGUGACCUGGUGUUCACUGCCAUCUUCAUUGGGGCCGUGGCGGCCAUGACCGGCUACUGGCUGUCUGAGCGCAGCGACCGUGUGCUGGAGGGCUUCAUCAAGGGCAGAUAAUUCCGGCUCGGGAUGCCCCCACCCUCUGGGACACUGGGCAGCAGGUUGGCACCCUCCUCCCCGCCACAGAGAAGCUGGGCACCCAGGGCCCAGGCAGGAGCAAGGAGCCUGAAAGGUGGGUGCCAUGAGCUCUCGGCCCUGGGGACUGGCUGACUUCACCAGGUGUGUGAAUAGUUUGAAGUAUCUGGUGGCAGCAAGAGCUUUGGCUCUCCCCCGGCUGGCUGGGAAAGGCCCCUGCAGGGAAGGCCAUCACAGCCCCCUCCUGCCAGCCGCAUGCUGCCAGCUCCCGCUCCCUCUUCACCCCAAGCCCCAGACACUGAUUUAUUUAUUCAUCUCAGGAAAUAAAAACAAGACUUGGAAAA